GGCGGCCGCAGCCUGAGGGGCGGGGGCGGUCCAGUGAGAGACUCUCCGUCAGGCACUGAGGGUGAUUGGGAGGAAAGAGGCCAGCGAGAGGCUUGUCAUGGGGAUCCGAGGUACGAGACGGCAUUGGUAGCAUCUGGUGACUCCGAGGGGGACAGGAAGUGUCAACGCCCGGGACCCCGGCGCCAGCUCCGCUGGGGGGAUCCCCGCUGCUCUAGUCCUGAGGAGGGAGGGGGAAAAGGAGGGAGCCCCGAUCUCGCCCCGCCCCUGGGCUUGUUACCGCGGGGGCGGGGAGUGAGGGCUUCUUUUGCGGGGAGUAGAGAUCGGGGGACUCGGCUGUGCCCUCUCGAGCGGCUGCCGGUGUCCCCGCGGCGCCGGGCUGACGAGCAGAGGAGCCGCGGCGGCCGUGGCUGUUGCAUGUGUGGCUGCUGGAUGCGGAGGCGGCGGCGGCGGCGGCGGCGAGGAGCAGCAGCGGCGGCAGGAUGUUAGGGCAGCAGCAACAGCAACUCUACUCGUCGGCCGCGCUCCUGACCGGGGAGCGGAGCCGGCUCCUCACCUGCUAUGUGCAGGACUACCUCGAGUGCGUGGAGUCGUUGCCCCACGACAUGCAGAGGAACGUGUCCGUGCUGCGAGAGCUGGACAACAAAUAUCAAGAAACAUUAAAGGAAAUUGAUGAUGUCUAUGAAAAAUAUAAGAAAGAAGAUGAUUCAAACCAGAAAAAACGCCUCCAGCAGCAUCUCCAGAGAGCAUUAAUCAAUAGUCAAGAAUUGGGAGAUGAAAAAAUUCAGAUUGUCACACAGAUGCUUGAAUUGGUGGAAAAUCGGGCAAGGCAAAUGGAGCUACAUUCACAGUGUUUUCAAGAUCCUGCUGAAAGUGAGCGAGCCUCAGAUAAAGCAAAGAUGGAUUCCAGCCAACCAGAACGAUCUUCGAGAAGACCCCGCCGACAGCGAACCAGUGAAAGCCGUGAUCUGUGUCACAUGACGAAUGGGAUUGAAGACUGUGAUGAUCAGCCACCUAAAGAAAAGAAAUCCAAGUCAGCCAAGAAAAAGAAACGUUCCAAGGCCAAGCAGGAAAGGGAAGCUUCGCCUGUUGAGUUUGCAAUAGAUCCCAACGAACCUACAUAUUGUUUAUGUAACCAAGUGUCUUAUGGGGAAAUGAUCGGAUGUGACAAUGAACAGUGUCCAAUUGAAUGGUUUCACUUUUCAUGUGUUUCACUUACCUAUAAACCAAAGGGGAAAUGGUAUUGCCCAAAGUGCAGGGGAGAUAAUGAGAAAACGAUGGACAAAAGUACUGAAAAGACAAAGAAGGAGAGAAGAUCGAGGUAGUAAAGGCCAUCUGCAUUUUAAAGGGUUAUUUGUCUUUUAUAUAAUUCUUUCAGAAUUUACUUUCAGAAAAUGUUUUAGGGUAAAUGCAUAAGACUAUGCAAUAAUUUUUAAUCAUUAGUAUUAAUGGUGUAUUAAAAGUUGUUGUACUUUG